UGCCCCUAUGGUGUAGGUUCCAUAGGGGGAGUUCUCCAGGUCCUCCUUCCACUUUUCACGCAAUCUCCUCUGCGCCAUUCUGCGUGCCUCCCUCACUUCUUCAGGAGCAGGGAAGUCGCCCGUCUCCCUACUCCUGAUUCUCCGUCUGUGCGCAUCAGCGAGCACCUCAGCGUCCAGUUCCCAAGGGGAGGUGCCCGCCAAUACGCACGCUGCCGCCCAACUCACCGUCACAUAGGCCCUGCAGACGCGUACAGCUAUUACCCGUUGGGGCCUCCGAAGCAGGGCUUUGUUCUCCCCGUUGAGUUUGUCGGCCCAGAUCGGGGCCCCAUAGAGGGCCAUGGAUCGGGCUACUCCAGCGUAUAGACGUCUGCAGGCAUGUGACGGUCCUCCCACGUUGGGCAACAGCCGACCCAUCUCCGACGCCGCCGUCACUAUUCGGGGAGCAAUUUGGCGGAAGUGCUCCCCGAAGUUCCAACAUCUGUCCAGCGUGAGGCCGAGGUACUUUAUAUGGGGCCUCACCUGGACAUCCUCGCCGGCUAUUCUGAGGGAGGACCCGGCGGGCACCCUCCAACCUCUCCUCGCAAAGACUAUUGCAUCAGUCUUUGUGAGGGAGACUCUCAGUCCUAGGAGGCGGAUCCUAUGAAUCAUGAGGUCCGCCGCCACUUCCGCCCUCCGCAUUGCCUCCCCCAGGUCCUUACCCCGAAUGGCCACCAUCGUGUCAUCGGCGUAACACAUGAGGGCCAUCCGGGGGAGCAGCUCUGCUCGGAUGGCCCAGUCGAAGCCGAUGUUCCACAACAGGGGUCCAAGCACCGACCCCUGGGGAACACCGCAGGCCAUCCGCCUUUCCAGUCGCCCCUCGGGCGUGCUGCAGACCACCACCCUAUCUGACAGGUAGUGGUCUACGAAACUCCUCCUAAACCUAAAAUAAGUGCCAUGUUAGUAGCAGACACAAAUAAAAAUGCCAGUAAUUCCUCUAAAGAGAUGAAUUGUCAACACAACCCAGCUGUAGAAGGCCAUCUGUGUUCUAGUGGAGUUGAAGACCACGCAUAUGACAUUGUGCCUGAAGAAUUUAACAACUGUGCAGAAGUUAACAACCAUGGGGCAAUAAAUGGAAACUCUAUCAUUGUAUGUAGUCCCACUCAUACUCUAGCCUGCACAAAUAAUGUCUCGAACGGUAUCUCUGGCUGCUCCGUAAGCAAACAAUUUGGCAUGCAGCAGGCUCAUUUAAUCCAGGUCGUGACUGACUUGGCCAAACAAAUGUCUGAAUUGAAUAGAAAAGUUGACAUACUUUUAGGGACACAUACAGCAGAUAGCUUUAAUGCAUAUACACAAGAUAAUUUAGAAAUUUCUGAAUUAUUAGCUACUCUUCCAGUAAAGGAUGAUGCGAGUUUUUGUCAUUUCAAUGACCAGUUACAAAUAGUCCGGAACAAACAGGCAAUUGUAUCAUUUUUGGCUGGUAUUGGCGGUAGAAACAUUCGAAGUUUAACCACUAAUAUGUUGAAAAGAAUACUACAAGACGAAGUUGCCGAGCUAUAUUCCUUAACUGGAAAACAAAUGAAGAACUCCAAUAAAAAACCAUUUUUAAAGACAGAAACCUGUAAAAUAAUCUUUCAAAUCUGCAAGAAAGUUUACGAAGAUGCGACAGAAGAAAACCUGAAAGAAAUAAUUAGCGACUGGCUGAAUCAGGCUAAAGUUAGGACAACAAGAAGGGCAGAAAGACUAAACAGACAAGCAUAACCCUUAUAAAGGCAGAGGCGAUAUUUUAAACAUAGCUAAUAUGAGAAAAUGGAAGAAUCCUUCAGCAUUUUCAAUUGAGAAAACCAUUAUUAUAUAGUUGAUAUAUAUUGCUUUCGUACCUUAUACUUACUUUUUUCAUCAGUAUUUAAUUUUGGUGUUAAGAAAUCCACGGCAAUAAGUGGUCAAUUUAUGCACUACGCCUGUUAAGGAAGGUGAGUUAUCAUAUCACUGUUUUAAUAGAGAAUAUAUGUCAAAUCAAGUGUACUAAUAGGUAGAGUGCAUAUAUUUACCACGUGUUUUUUUUAAUUAUUUAGGUUUUUUUACUGUAGAUGUAUUCCCCAGUGUAUAACUGGGGUCUUAUUAAGGGAUAAAUAACGAGUCUGUGCAUUAAGUAACAAUACUGUAUGUUGGUACUCUUUAUAUAUUAUUAUUGCAUACUGACACCAGUCAGUUUAACCAAUAGUGCUUUAAUAGUUAUUUACAGUACAUAUGGGGCUACUUUAUAGCACUAGUGCGAGAAGUAGCAUAUUACGUUACUGUGUCGAACAUUUAAAGGGCCAUAUGUACUGUAAAACGUUGUACGAUACAUGUGCGAAUAGGUAAUUCGCAACUCGUGUCGAUUUAAAACACUCCCUUCGGUCGUGUUUUAAUUUAUCGCCACUCGUUUCGAAUUUCCUAUUUUUCGCACUUGUAUCGUAAUGUACUAUUACGAUACAAGUGCAAAAAAUAGGAAAUUCGCAACGAGUGGUGAUAAAUGAAAAUACGACCGAAGGGAGUGUUUGAAAUCGACACUAGAUGCGAAUUACUGGUUCGCACGUGUAUCGUACAACGACCCAUAUGUACUGUAUAUGGGUCUUUAAAGUUUCGACAUAUGCACAGAAAGUGCUCAUUCCCGCACGCGUGCGGGAAAGUAGCACCAUAUGUACUGUAAAAUAAUAUGUUGUGUUCCAUACCUAAUAAAUACUGUAAUAAAAUCUUACACAAUUACCCAUGAAUAA